CGGCAUAUUCCCUCGAGCUGUCUCUCACUGACCCUGAGUCACCUUCAUCUUGUCUUCUCGCAUUGAACAAUUGCUAUUUUCCCGCAAAAAAGAAGCUUCUUGUCCUGACUAGAGAACCGUUACUUGUUCUCACGUCUCUACAAGAUGGCAUCUCUGCGGUCGUUGACUGCUUCCCUUCGCUGGGUAGCCCCCGCGAGGGGCGUCGCCGCUGUGCGAUAUAGCUCUUCCUCGACCUCUGCCAUCGCCUACAAGGCACUUCGUCGUCGCUCUGCUCCUCUUCCCGUGCGCGACAACCCUCCCGCCUGGUCCGCCCAGUCCGCCGUCUCCAACAUCCUCUACGAGACCCCCGUUCCAUCUACCGUUCCUCCUAAGCGACAUAUCCUCAACUGCCUUGUCCAGAACGAGCCCGGUGUUUUGUCCCGCGUCUCUGGUAUUCUGGCUGCUCGCGGUUUCAACAUUGACUCCCUUGUCGUGUGUAACACCGAGGUUGAAGAUUUGUCCCGCAUGACCAUUGUCCUCACAGGUCAGGACGGCGUUGUCGAGCAGGCUCGCCGACAGCUUGAGGAUCUGGUACCCGUCUGGGCCGUUCUCGACUACACCGCCGCUGCUCUCGUCCAGCGCGAGCUUCUCCUCGCCAAGAUCAACAUUCUUGGACCUGAGUACUUUGAGGAGCUUCUCAACCACCACCGUGAGAUUGCUGCUGGCGAGUACGAUGUCGACAACGCUCAUGAGGCCAUUGAGCGCAGCAUCUCCGAUACCGCCAAGGACUUCCACCCUAGCAAGUUGGCUGUCAGUCAGGCUCUCCGACACAAGCAUGAGCAUCUCAAGUCCAUCACUUACUUUGCUCAUCAAUUCGGCGGUAAGGUUCUGGACAUUAGCAACAGCAGCUGUAUUGUCGAAGUUUCCGCCAAGCAGUCCCGUAUCGAUUCGUUCCUCAAGCUUGUUGCCCCAUUCGGCAUCCUCGAGUCUGCUCGCACAGGUUUGAUGGCUCUGCCCCGAUCUCCUCUGAACGAGGCCAGCCAGGAGGCUGUCACUAUGGAGGCGGAUGAUGUUGUUGAUGCCAGCCAGCUCCCUCCCGGUUAAAUCAGAUACCUUUAGUUAGAGGCUCAGCUCGUGGCGUUUUCAAGGAAAGGAUCUGGUAUAAUUGAUAUAAUUCCAAUGACUAUUUUUUUUAUAUUCAUG